AGGAACCUAUCUUCUUUGUUUCUCUCUCCACAACAUUAAAGCCUUUGCUUUUAUAAACGAGUUUCUCUCUCUCUUUUUUUGGGUUUGUGACAGUGAGUGUAGCAGAGCUGCUGAGCUAAAAAAAACAGGAAGGGGUUUGAACAAAGCCACCCAAAUUCAAUAAAAAGAUUGUUUCAGUAAAAAGCUUGAAUGGAGGGCAGAAUACCAAAAGUUGCACAGAAUCUGAAAUGGAGAUAUUCAAAUUCAGGUUCUAGGGUUUAAUAGGGGCGAUCAACUUUGGAGGUUUUGGUUGUAAGAGAAAAGAUGGAUAUGGGUGACCAAGAUAAAUUUGAAUUAGAGAAUAGGAAUGAGGAUCCUAUGAAUUAUUCACCUGGUUUGGCUCCAGACUGGCGAUUUGGGGGCUCCAAUCUCACAAAUACGUCUGUGGGUUUGGUUUCCACUGGAAAUUCUAUGGCAGUUAGUAAAGGGGAUCUUGUUGGUUCUUCCCGGCCCUCUGCUUCAAUGGUGGACUCUUUUAACCCAACACUUUGGGAUCACCCAACCAAUUCACAGGACUUGGGAGGAUUUUGUGACAUCAACGGUCAGACCAGUGCAAGCACUUCAGACAGACCCCUUGAGAUGUGUUGGAAUCCACCAAAUUCAAUGUUGAAAGGGGGAAUUUUCUUACCAAAUGGGCCUGGGAUGCUCCCACAGAGCUUGUCUCAGUUCCCAGCCGAUUCUGCCUUCAUUGAGCGUGCUGCGAGGUUCUCGUGCUUCAAUGGUGGGAGUUAUAGUGAUAUGCUCAACCCUUUUGGUGUUCCUGAAUCCAUGAGUCUUUAUUCUAGGGGUGGAGGAAUGAUGCACUGGACACAAGAAGUUGUAGCAGGUAACGGCUCCAAAGCGGUGUCGUGCGCUCAAUCUCAAAGGAAUGAGCUAAAUGGGGGUGAUGCUUCAAGAGAUGUUUCCUUGCCUAUUGAGCAUGGGACUACUGAAGGGAGCCCACUGAAGAAUGAGAAGAAAAGUGAGAGUCUUGUGAAAUCUCACGAUGAAGCGAAACACACUGUUGGCGGGUCUGGUAAUGAGUCUGAUGAAGCGGAUUUCAGCGGUGGUGCUGGUCAAGAGGAGCCUUCUAUGUUGGAGGGUACAGGUGCAGAACCUUCUUCUAAGGGCUCUAAGAAAAGGAAAAGGAGUGGGCAGGCUAAUGAACUUGAUCAUGCCCAUGCGCAGCAACCUGGUGAAUCAGCACAGGAUGCUUCUGAAAUUCAACCGAAGGGAGAGCAACACCCAGCGUCAACUACCAACAAGACUACCGGAAAACAGAGUAAACAAGGGUCUCAAGCGUCUGAUCCACCAAAAGAAGAAUAUAUUCACGUUAGAGCCCGAAGGGGCCAGGCAACAAAUAGUCAUAGUCUUGCAGAAAGAGUCAGAAGGGAGAAGAUCAGUGAGAGGAUGAAGUUUCUCCAAGAUCUUGUACCUGGAUGCAGCAAGGUAACUGGGAAGGCAGUGAUGCUGGACGAAAUCAUUAACUAUGUACAAUCAUUGCAACGACAGGUUGAGUUUUUGUCGAUGAAGCUUGCAACAGUGAAUCCACGACUGGAUUUUAACAUUGAAGGCCUCCUUGCAAAAGAUAUCCUUCAGUCACGGGUUGGACCUUCAUCUACGCUGGGGUUUUCUCCAGAUGUGCCUGUUGCAUAUCCUCAGCUACAUCAAUCUCAAUCAGGACUUAUCCAAGCUGGCCUCCCUGGAAUGGGGAGCCCUUCUGAUAUACUUCGGAGAGCCAUGAGUUCCCAAAUGACACCAAUGACCGGAGGAUUCAAGGAGCCAUCUCAGCUACCCAAUGUGUGGGAGGAUGAGCUCCACAAUGUUGUCCAGAUGAGCUACGGAGCCAGUACUCCCACCGGUAGCCAAGAUGUGGAUGGAUCAGGGACACCAGGUCAAAUGAAAGUCGAACUUUGAUUAUACGAUUCAUAUUUACGCCACGCAACACAUUUAUGGCCCCGUAUAUUUACAAUACUACCUUGAUGAAAUAACAAAAAUCAUGAUAUUCCUUUUAACCAUCACCAAUGAUGAUGAAGAUACCGUCGGAAUGUUUACUGCGAGCUCGACCAGUUAAAUGCGAGGCUUGUGGCUUAGAGGAUUCUCACAAAUAUAAUGCAGCAGCAGCAGCAGAUGACAUAUUCAUAUUAUAAAAAGCAUUGUAUGCUAAAUAGGCAGAAAGGUGAAAUUCUUUGUUCAAAGGAGUGGGUUUGCUCUCUGACUUAGGUGACUUUGUGGAUCAAAGAAUUUUGUAUAGAGAUAACAGAGACUAUUAAUAGGGAAGGGAAGCUGCCUUGUAUAAUCUGGAGAUGAGAUGGGCAAAGUGUCGGUAACAAGAAAUUUGCAAUGAGAAUCUUGGUGAUUUCUUUGUUCAUUUUAGAUUAAGAAGCUGUUUGUAUUGAUUAUAUGUAACAAAAUU